AUGGUGUCGGAAGAGAUGAAGGAAUCUAUUCUUGGUGCUAUUUUUGUGAUCGGCAUUCCAUUGGCCAUACUCCUCAGCGUACUAUGGGUUGCCGUAGACACAUAUCGUGGUCUACUAAUAGAAAAAGACAAAGACCAUAAAUCAUCUUUGGAAGUCAAGAACUGCGUAUGCAACUGCAACCACUGUCCGGACUAUCAUGAGGAUCUCGAGAAAAGACUUAGCAAAUCCAAGGAUCAACAAUAG